AUGGCCUCGCCUACGACGCCGACGAAGUCCACCGGCGCCCAGGAGGAAGCCGCGGCCCGCCAGUCGCUCAUCGGGAUCUCCCAGUCCAUCCCGGCGGCGGGAGAGGCCCUGAGCGUCAAGUCGCCGAACGGCCGCACGGAACACGGGCAGGACGACAGCGGGGCGGCCGACAAGUCCAGGUCGAUGCUCAUGUCCAUCUCCAACCAGUCGCCGGAGGCGCGCCAGCCCACGCCGUGCCCGCACAGCAAUGCCGCUUAG